AUAAGCGGAAACAUUGCCGUGCCUGCAGCACCGCCGGGGCACUUGGCCGUUUUGGAGCAGCAUUUCCUGGGUCAACGCACCAAAGAGUCGAAAGGGAGCAGGCACAACUUUUUUCUUUUUUUCUUUUUUUCCAUUGCUGACACGGUUUGCUCGGUAUGAGUAAGAAAAAAGGGCUGAGAGAUGGUCAAGAGCAGCAACAAAAGUCUCUCCAGAAUGGCAACGCAGCGGCAGUUACCGUGGCCUUCUUCCACAUUCAUUUAGUAGUACAUACAUACCUACUAGCAGUCUCCAAAUGCCUAGCACAGGGCUAAGGAGCCAAACCUCCGAUUGUCUCUGCUCUGCAGCGCCCACAUCAGCUACGACUAAUAUCGAACACACCACCAGCUUAGCCUCGGAGCAGCUCUCUGUUAGUGCUGUUUUAGCAGCAGCAGUCCUAGCCGAGUCCUAGCUGAGCCCUUUUGUCGCUAUGGAGCCUCGCUCUUCCCGGCCGAGUGCUACGACACGCCGGGUCGGACGAAUGGCCAUGCAGCUAUUCGCACGACGCCGAGCAGUGGUGGCUCUGGCCUAUGCAAGACACGUAUCUCGGCUGGGAGGGGGAUCGUCGAUGCAACCAAGGCGGUGCCGGCUGCGACUGCUGGUGGCAUUUGACGUAUAUGUGCCUCCAUGUAGGCGUUAUAGCAUUGCAUGCCUGCGUGGAAUAGGCAACUUG